AUGAACCGAUCAAGGCUCCUUGGGAACAAUGUGGAUAAGCAAUGGGAAGCAGAAAGGCGUGGAGCUAAAAGAGCAGAGGUCAGACUUAACAAUGGGAUCCAGGAGAUAAAGGAAGCUCAAAGUUACCACAUAAACAGCAUGACCAAAGAACAAAAACGAUUGCAAAAGGAUCUCAUGAGAAUCAGGCAAGCUACGGUUAGGAAAACAACAAGCCCCACAAGUGUGAAAGAAAACCAUAAAACAGGAAGUCAAUUUAAGGAUGAAAGAACAAGAAACCAACCGACAUCUCUUCCAGAAGGGCAGGUCAUUGCAUCUGGCUCAUCAAUGACUCUUCAAAUGCGUAUUAAUGACUUCAUGGAUGGUGUUAACAGCAGAAAUACUAAAGAGGAUUCUGAAGUUGUUCAGAGAAAUGAAGUUGAAUAUUCAGUUUCUGGUACCAGUACAACAGAUUCAAUGGCUCCUGAUGCCAGUAUUUCCUCUGUAAAGGAAAGCACAAACAGCAAAAGUAAUAGCAAGCAAGGCAAAUCUUCUGAGCUUCCCAUCGAUUCAGACGAUAAAACACUUCCCUCAGUGGUGAAGUCUUUAAAUGAAGAUGUGGCAAUGAAACCCCCAGCCUUAGGUCCACAGUAUAUGAGGCGAAGAAGUUCCCUUUUCAAGGACAAGCCAUUAUUUGAUGAGGAAAUCUAUGCUCCUGAUGGAGUACUCCGCACCCAGCACACAAUGCCUGACUUUAUGGAGUCCUUGGAAGAAGCGAAACAUGCCAGAUAUAUUCGCCAUAAAGUAAAGCCAGAUUCAGAAAAAGAGCUCAGUGUUGCGGAAAUUUUCCAAAGAAACAACAAUAAUGACAAAUAA